AUGGCGUUGGAGCUGGUGCGCGACAGUUUUGCCGGGGUUCGACCCCUGGACCCCACCUUGCCAUGGGAGUCGGAAAACAGCUUUUGGACCUCCUUUGAGCUCCUCGCCUGUCUUUUGAACCUUCAAACGCGGUCGGCGGGGAGUGCCUUUUCCACCCACCUACGCGGCACAGAUUUGGCCUCCCAGCAAGUUCGCCGCGCAAACACCAUCGAUCAGGAGCUACAGCAACACAGCUCGUUCCAUGCCAGCAAGACCCAGUUGUCAAGCGAACGAACUGAUGGAGGAUUUGUGCCGGCUCUUAUCAAGGUGGCGGCUGCCUACCGCCUUUCUGCAGAUGAGACCCAUCUGCUCAGCCUCAUGACCAUCAACCUGUGUCACAUCAAACCUGUCUCGCGAGCCCUGCUGUACGAGACCAACUCAGACCUGCCCUCUUCUCUCACGUUGUACAACAUACCGCAGCUGGUGGUCGAGGAGUUUUUGGACGACAAGCGAGCCCACGUCAAGGACGGCCUCAUUCUUUUGGACAACCGUUAUGACGCCACGUCCGACCCUCAAUUCAAGCUGACGGUCGCGGCUGCGCGCGCUAUCCGUGGUCUCCCACUCCAGUCAACCGACAGGCUCAAACUGGCUGGCACCAAACUAGCCGAUGUAUUGGAUUUGACCAUGAACGGAUCCUCCGGCCGCGCAAUGAGUAAUUCAGCAGACGGGCUUGCCGACCAACACAUUGGUGACGAUGACGACGAGCCACAUCAAGGCAGCGACGCCGAGGACUGUGAUGCCAUGUCUGGCAGUGGUGAUGCUGAUGAUGGCGAGCUACGCACGCUGCUACAGUCUGUGGCAGCUACCCAAGCAAAGGUUGCCGCUGCGCACCAGGAGCUGAGUAACUCGGCACCCAAGAGUCCUGCCUCAGGAGAAGACGCUGCGGACGCCGCUUUGCAACCCUACGAAGACUCGCUCGCAUAUAUGGAGGACCAGUUUGAGCGCAUCAUGCAAUUCAUCAAACUGAGCAAAGCCUCAAUCUCUCAAGAUUUGCAGGAACUCAAUGAGGCCUCUUACUGGGAUCGCGGCAAUGCACCCAAGCACGUGAACACCCACGAAUUCCACGCUACGCUCAAGGCCAUUGACGCCAAGAUUGCCUUGCGCUUAAAAAUGACAAGCGAUGCAGGCCACCAACUGCCCCGCUUGGAGCUCCUGCGCACCACUUUGAAGCUGCAACCCUUUGAAUGUGAUGUUUUGGCACUCUUGACUGGCCACUUGUUGUCGCCGGUCAUUGGCAAGGCCCUUGCAUCUGAUGAUGGCAUGCGGUCACUCAAGGUGGAUGCUAUCAUUCACACGUUCUCAGUUCGUUUCCAAGAUCAAAUCUUCUACCGAAAAUACUUUCACAAAAGCAGCAGCCUCGUUCGUCGCGGCAUGAUCAACGUUCUUAGCCUCCAUUGGGAUCGGUCAAACACGCCCUACGUCCUCAUCGACCGACGCCUCUGUGACUGGCUUGUUGGGUUGGACACGGAUAUUAGCGAAAUCAACGAAGGAUUGAAUUUGUACACACCAACGGCCGACCUCGAUGCUGUUAUUCUGCCUGAGGGUACCAAGGAGAGCAUUUUGGAGCAAGUAUCCCAACAUGCUAAAUUUCAACGAUACUUGCGUCGCCACAAGCUUGAUGCGUCGCCAACUACGACUAGCGGCCUUGUGCUUUUGUUUUAUGGGCCUUCAGGCACGGGCAAGACUCUAAUGGUGAAUGCAGUCGCAAAGUCCAUGAAGAAAAAGGUUUUGCUGAUCAACUUUGCGGAUAUGCUAGCGCACUCAGCGGAAAAGAAAGGCAGUUUAUCGCAAGCCUUGUUUCGCGAGGCCGACAUGAGCAAUGCUGUUGUGUUUUUUGAUGAAUGCGAAAGCAUGUUCGCCAAGCGCGAGAGCGGCGGAAGCAACAUCUUGACCGAAUUGUUGACCGAAAUUGAGCGUUAUCCGGGCGUUGUAUUUCUGGCCACAAACCGGGCCCAGGACCUGGACGAGGCCAUGUAUCGGCGGAUUCAUGCCGUGUACAACUUUUCUCGGCCUUCACACUUGCAACGCCGCUUGAUCUGGAACAUUCAUACAGAGCCGGAAGGCAUCCAGGUUGCAGCGGAUGUUGAUUGGGCAGAGAUCUCUUUCAAAUAUGACCUUUCUGGUGGGUUCAUCAAGAACGCCGUUGGCUCCGCGUUGGGCAUGGCUAUCGCCCGAGAUGGCGAGGAGGCGCCUGUGAUCCAGGCCGAGGACAUCCACCGUGCUUGUCGCCUUCAAAUGCGUGGUCAUAUGGCCAUGGAUAGCUUCGUCGAGCUCAGAGUUCCCAAGUCUGGUCUUUCAAAUGUGGUUCUGACGCCGCAGCAAGAACGUGAAGUGGAAGAACUUAUCCUACUAGAGAAAGCGCGGAGCGUGCUGUUUGCCGAUUGGGGCUUUGGUGAAGCUCAGCGGCACUUGCAGAGUACCACCGCUCUCUUUUGGGGUCGAAUCGGCACGGGCAAGUCGGUGCUGGCUGAAGCAGUCGGCUUUGAGCUGGGCCGCCCCAUCAAGCUGAUCAACGUUGCUGAAUUGUUGCGUAACGCGUCGGGGUUUCAGAUCUCCAGUUCCAAAUCCAAGGCUAAAAAGAGCGUUUUAGCUCAGGCGUUUGCUGACGCUGCCAUGGCCAACGCCGUCAUUGUGCUGGACAACUUUGGCGCGCUGCUGAGCGUUGUUGGCGAACGGCAUUUGGAAGCAGAUGCCUUGAUGCAGGACGUUCUGUUCCAGGUGCAAUCCUAUGAGGGCAUGGUCUUUGUCCUGGUGACGUCGAGCUCAGCAUUCUCUUCGGUUGCCCAUCGCUUUGAAAGUGACCUUUUUGCGACCUUUAAAGCAAUUGUCGAGUUUGACAUUCCACCAGCUGACAUUCGAGAGCGUCUCUGGCAAAAGCUCAUCCCAGAUCCAGUUCCUGGCAAGCAGACCCUUGAUUGGAGUCAAUUAGCACGGGCGCACGACCUCUCAGGCGGUCAAAUUUCAGGCAUCGUCUACCGAACCUGUGCCAAGGUGGCAUUAAAACCCGAUGGCCAGCUUACCACUUCCACCCUGAUUGAGGAGUGCACGCGAGAGAAAGAGCGUGGUGCUGGCGCUCUGGGCCUGGUUAUGAAGCAUUUGUUUCUGUGAUAUGUGGGUUCGUUGGGUUGCUCUGACU